AUGAAUCGACCAGUUUUUGCUGAUCAUAAAUUACUUGUGAAUAAUAAACAGAGAAGAAAAUUGAUGUACCUCGGGGGAGAGACCAGCUUGGGAGAAGAAAAAGUGCAAAAAUGUGAUGAAGAGAAGUCAAAGUUUGUCUUAAGAAACCUUGAACACUACACAAUCCACCCAAAUUUGAUCCAGUAUUAUGAGCCUCUCAAGGUCACAGAAUCGCACAAGUUAUUGGGUAGAAAUCGAAAAAUAAAAAGAUUCACGUCCCGAGUGACAGAAUUUGACCAGAAUAAGACGUUAUUGAUUAUGACCAACAACCCACCUCCUAACCCACUCAAUUGGCAAGGAAAGGACAACCCACCCUGCCACUUUUCCCAGGAGCUGCUUCACGAGCCGCAGGAGCAAAGGAAAAUUACAAGUCACACUGGUCUCCCUGUGAUGAAGAAGAAAUUAAAGACUGAAGCCAGGACUCCUUUUCCUGUAAUAAUAUUGGAGGAUGCUAAACCUAAGUGGGAGCAGUGGUACAGGUUUUCCACCAAGGCUGAUUUCAAGAGUGAAGCCAAGUUUUCAAAGUUCCAUGCCCUAAAGAAGCAACAGGAAGAGUAUCCUGAACUUUCCUUUGUUCCAGAUUUUAGGUCAGCGGCCAGGGACCAGGCGACCGGACGGAAGGUUUCCACGGUAACCUGGGAGCCGUUGACCCUCGCUACCCUCCUGGAAGAGAAGCCCACGCUGACGGUGCCCUUGCCAGGAGACAGCCCCUUCCGCUACGGGAGGGCCACGCAGUGGUUCACAGACAGGACCACAGUUCCUGACUGA